AUGUCGGUCCUCGGGGCCGGGGGGGUCCUCCGUCGGUCACACGCGGCAGGCCUCGCAGGCCUCGCCGCCCUAUUACUAUUAUUACUAGCGACGCGGGCCCCCGUCCCUCCCCCUCCCCAACCUAGGCCUCUCCGCCUCCCCACUCCUUCCUCCACACAUAUCGAUAAACAGCCCCACUCUCAAACAUCCCCAGCCCCAUCCGAGGCCUCCUCUCAUCCAUCCCCAAAAACCACCAAAAGCGUCAAUACCACUGGGGUAGUAUUAGUCCGGGAUGUCUACGAAGCGGGUCAUGAGCGACCCCAUCCUGAACUCUGUCCUUCUUUAGGAGCGAAGUUGAGAUUACUUAUACUAGUAACAUCAGCUCCCUCCCAUUCUUCCGCGAGGGAUGCUGUAAGGUUGACGUGGGGUCAUUACGCGGCGAGGAAGGAUAUAGCGCUGGCGUUCGUACUUGGAGCUCCGCCGGCGUCUCUUCGAGCGGCUGUGGAGGCAGAAGAUGCUUUAUACGGCGACUUGAUAGUUGGCCGAUCUAUAGACUCAUAUUCGAAUCUCACUCUCAAAACGAUCUCGAUGCUAGAAUGGGCGGACACAUACUGCCCACGAGCUCCAAGACUCCUUAAGACAGAUGACGACAUGUUCAUCAACAUACCUCGUCUACUAUCCUUCACGGCGGCUAGAGCGAACGCUACUAAAACUAUAUGGGGGAAGGUGGUCAAAAAAUCGCUGCCCAAACGGACGACCAAGUCCAAAUAUUACGUGUCGCCUUUACAAUUCCCGGGGCGGGUAUUCCCCGAUUUCGCGACCGGCCCGGCCUAUUUACUAACAGCUGAUGCUGCAAGACUCCUAUUAGCUGCGGCGCCAUCUGAGAGGUACCUGCGCUUGGAAGAUGUUUUCAUCACUGGCGUAUUAGCCGCUAAGCUCGGUCUAGCUCGCUCACAUGCUGCCGAGUUCUAUAAUAAGAAGGUCGCGCCACAUCCGUGCGCGGUACAAAGAGGGAUAGCCAUACAUAUGGUGCAAUAUCACGAACAAUUCGAUCUAUGGCGUAAACUGCUCGAUGGUAAGACGAAGUGCAGAUAA